AAUCCCCUUUCUGACUUAUCCAGGAUAUCCUUGAAUAUGAAGCAACAAAUAUGAGCACCACUUGACAUUUGUAGAUUAAACCAUUCAUUUUGAUUCAUGCAUAUUUCAUGAUCAUUCCAAAGUGCUGUUUAACCUCAUUUUCUCACUAUUGACUGAUGUACCGAGUGACAAUAAUUCUUUCCAGUGGAACAGUAAGCCCUAAUCUUUGAGGAAAAUAUAUCGCUGUUUCACAAAACUUCAAAUGCAAUAUUUAUGAGACUGCAGAACGGGACUUAGUCUGAUUGCACGUGUUCAGGCACGAAUCUUUUCAAAAAGAUAUUGAGUGAAGAGGGCCAUACUAGUCCUUAUCUAGUUUAGUUUCAGGCUUGUGCUUGUUUUCUUUCCAUUUCCCUGACUGUAAAGCAAAGCUGGCAGUGGCCUGCAUGGCAGAGAGGACACAGCGCAGUGGGACAUGAAGGAUGCGUGUGUGACAUGGGCUGAGAUUGGGCCCUGGCUGGAAAUAUUCUAUUUCAGUGUGAGAUGGAGAGAGGAAACAGGUCCGCCUGUCUUGCUGAGCUGAUAUGUGGGGGAUUUGCAGAGAGGAUAUGCAACGCCGAGCAUCCAAUUAACCCCAUACUGCUUUUCUAAUUUGGCUCUCACAUACUCUCCUGUACUGCUGGCUCAGGGAAUCUCAGGACUGACUACAGCAGACAGUGGCGUAAGUACAUCCAUGAGUCAACACACUAACUAAACAAAUGGGAUUUACUUCCUGCGUACAUGUGUUUAAAUAACAAUGGUAUGUUCUUACCUAUUCCGUCCCCAGACUCCCUUAAAAUGUGUCAAGUAUAUAUGCAUCAAUUUAGUGAUCAUUAUGAAUGGUCCAGUGAAUAGGUGUGACAUGCAUCUCUGCCCUGCAAUUGUAUUUACAUAAUGUAUAUGCAAUGUGUGUUUACAUUAUGGAUGUGAAGCUUUGCCUGUAGGGAGCCCUGAAGAAAACUCAUAGGUCAGGACAUAUGAUAGCAUAGUGGAACUAACUGUGCACUUGCAAAUAAUAUUUAUAUUUAAAUGGCUGUGCCCAGAAGAACCAUGCCCUAGCAAUGGAUCCUAGUGGUGGCAUUAUAUGGACAUACAGUGCAAAGGACAUUCACAAUAUUUACCCUCAGUAUGUAUCCUUGACAUAUGUACAUAUAGCUGUAGCAUCAUAAAAAUAUGUAUGUUCAUACAAAAGUAUGUUAAGAAAUUAAAGGACAAAGAUGGGAAACAAACAGCUUGCGUAAAACAAAAUAAAAUGCUUUAACUCUGCUUCCUCAAGGGUCCUUUUAAUCGUACUAUUUUUAAGGGUUCCCCCAGAGGGACGCACAAUGGAACCCUUUAGAGUUCUAGGCAGAGCAUUUCUUUGCUGUUCUUAUGCUAUUACAGGUCAUCACCAAAUUAUAAUCUGUUCUCUUCAAGAUGUUAGCAAGACAGGUCAGAAGAAGGAAAGAAAAAAAAGAACAAUGAUAUUCCUUGUCUGUCAAACAUCCGUGGGCAUGAAAUAUCACGCUGAGGAAGAACCUCAUAUGUUCUUCGGCUCUGUGUGCAUCUAUUCAUACAUACUACAAAAUCAGUGUUCCUCUUUCUGGAAAUGAGUUGUGUCUCCUUUAAACAAGUUUAUACGGGGGGAAAAAACUCACUUCAAAUAUGACAUAACUAUGGUAUAGGAAUGUACCGUAGUUUCAAGCAGAAAGAUUCCACUCAAUUACAAUUAUACUCAAUUAUGCAGACCCUCUAAAUAUUGUUACAAUUAUGCUAACCUACUAUUUGAGCAAAUCUAUUUAAUCAAUGACUUAUUACAAUCUUGGACAACACAAACCAUAACAAAAGAUUUUAAAAAGUGUGUUAAUGAUAUGGCAAGACAAUAGGCUGAGCCCCUUUUGUCGUUUUGGACCACACAUGCAGUAGGCAUUAACACAGCUUGCCAUAAAAGGGACACAAGUGUUUCCCCCGAAUCCCAUCCCUAUCCCAUUCAUAGUGUCACACACCCUCUGAUGGCACAAGCAUCGACCAAAUAAGGACAACCAGCCAAGAAGCACGUCCCACUGGCCGGUAUAAAGAGGAGCCUUCACACUCCAGCACACAGCCCCUCUGCCUGAGUGGAUCUGACUGUCCAAUAUGUGUGAUGAUGAGGAGACUACAGCUCUGGUGUGUGAUAAUGGCUCCGGCUUGGUGAAAAGUGGCUUCGCCGGAGAUGACGCACCGAGAGCGGUAUUCCCGUCCAUCGUCGGGCGCCCACGUCAUCAAGGCGUCAUGGUCGGUAUGGGACAAAAAGAUUCCUAUGUGGGUGAUGAGGCUCAGAGUAAGAGAGGCAUCCUGACCCUGAAGUAUCCCAUUGAGCAUGGCAUAAUCACCAACUGGGAUGAUAUGGAAAAGAUCUGGCACCACACAUUCUAUAAUGAGCUGCGUGUGGCACCUGAGGAGCACCCGACCCUGCUAACUGAGGCUCCUCUCAACCCCAAGGCCAACCGAGAGAAGAUGACACAGAUUAUGUUUGAGACCUUUAAUGUGCCUGCCAUGUAUGUGGCUAUCCAAGCCGUGCUCUCCCUCUACGCUUCCGGACGCACAACAGGUAUCGUGCUUGACUCGGGUGAUGGUGUGACCCACAAUGUGCCCAUUUAUGAAGGUUACGCUCUUCCUCAUGCCAUCAUGAGACUGGAUCUGGCUGGUCGGGACCUCACAGAUUACCUUAUGAAAAUCCUCACUGAGCGUGGCUACUCCUUUGUAACGACAGCUGAACGUGAGAUUGUACGGGACAUUAAGGAGAAGCUAUGUUAUGUGGCAUUGGACUUUGAGAAUGAGAUGGCAACAGCUGCCUCCUCUUCCUCUUUGGAAAAGAGCUACGAGUUGCCUGAUGGACAGGUCAUCACCAUCGGAAACGAAAGAUUCCGCUGUCCUGAGACUCUCUUCCAGCCGUCUUUUAUAGGUAUGGAGUCUGCUGGAAUUCAUGAAACAACAUACAACAGCAUUAUGAAAUGUGAUAUUGACAUCCGUAAGGAUUUGUAUGCCAACAAUGUCCUCUCUGGUGGCACCACCAUGUAUCCCGGUAUUGGCGACCGCAUGCAAAAGGAAAUCACAGCCCUCGCCCCUAGCACAAUGAAAAUUAAGAUAAUUGCUCCUCCUGAGCGUAAGUACUCUGUUUGGAUUGGAGGCUCCAUUUUGGCCUCCCUUUCCACCUUCCAGCAGAUGUGGAUCAGUAAACAGGAGUAUGAUGAGGCUGGACCCUCCAUUGUUCAUCGAAAGUGCUUUUAAACAUUACUGCAUUGACCAUCUCCACUGCUACACUCAGUCACCUUCACAACUACUCAUGAAUGCAUUAUUUAUAGACGCAAGUGUCAUUUUAUUUUGCAUUGGAUUUAUAGGUACAGGUUCCCUAUUAAACAAUGAUUUGUAUUUAUUAUGUGCUUGAAAUGAAAUCUGCUGGGAUUUGGGAGUAGGCCAUGGCAAUCUAUGGGCUACUCCAACAAGGAGGACAUGAAUAUAUGUA